GAAAACUGAAAAGAAAAGAAGUGAAAAGGCAAAAAUACUAGUGAAGAAGUGAAAGAAAUUUUUUUCCGUCGAAGUAGAAAACUACUUUUUUUGUUUUUCAACUAUGUAAAUUCUUAAAAAGAAGUAAAAUAUAUAUAUAUAUUUUUUGUUAAGAUAAUAUUAUUACAUGAUUUUCCAUAAUUUUAAUGGAAAAUACUGCAAACAAACUUGAGAGAAAAUCCCAAAGCCAGAUUGAUUUAAAACAACAGAAAUGUGAGAUUGCUGAUAGUUGUAGCGAAUUAAAUACAAGUCGCCAGAGCUCUGCGUGGAAUUUAAAUAGCUGUGUUAGCAAUUGCUGCACUGGAUCAUCAAACCCCUUCAGAAGUAAAAAGUUUCAAAGCACAACUGAUAUAUCCCGUUCUCAAGAACCUUGGCACAGACCGCUGACAAAUUGUAUGUUCGAUUCUCAUUUCAAGAACAUCAACCGAACUGAAGAAUUCCAAAUUGACCAUUUGGUAGCUAAAGGUGCUUUUGCUUCUGUAUUCAAAGUAUUCCCCAAGGAUAAACCUCGGGAGCAUGAAUUUGCUCUUAAGUCAAUAAAAAAGUCGAAGGUAAUUAGAAACAAUUGUGUGAAACAAAUUAAAGAAGAAUCAGAUAUUCAAAAACUCUGUGGCCAUCAUCCUUUUAUUGUUCAACAUUUUGAUUCUUGGCAAGAUCGACGCCAUUUAUAUAUACUUUGUGAAUACGUGUCCAACGGUGAAUUAUUCUCUAAAAUAUCCAAUUUCACAACUGAACUUAUUCGACUUUAUGUAGCCGAGAUAGCCAUUGCAAUCGAUUUUCUUCACAACGCUGGAGUAAUCUAUCGCGAUGCCAAACCUGAAAACAUUCUUCUAACACAUAAUUUUCACAUCAAAAUAACGGAUUUCGGUCUGAGUAAAUGGUUGAAGUUAGGAGCGAAAACAAGGACAAUGUGUGGCACUCAUCAAUACAUGGCACCAGAAAUAUUGCGCAAUGAACCAUAUGGGCAUUCAGUAGAUUGGUGGGCACUUGGUGUUAUAAUUUGUCAAAUGUACACAAACAAAUUCCCUAAUAUCGAAGAAAUCGUUAAACCAUCAGCUUUAAACGAUGAAAAUGAUAUUCUUUCCAAACCAAUAGUUUUUCCAGAAGAAUUUGAUUCCGUUGAUCCGGAUGGAAGAGAUGUGAUUCGUAGACUUUUAGAUAUAAAUCCAAAAACUCGUUUACAUUCCGUCAUGAGCUUACAAAGAAUUGCACUUUAUAAAAAAUUCAAGAUUGAUAAGAAAUUCAUACAAAAUAUAACUCCAAUGGAUAUUAUCAAAAAAGAGAACAUAGUUCUACGUGAUUCUACUGAAGAAUUAACUUUCGACUUCCAGUUUUAGUUAACAAUGGCUUCCCUUAUAAUAAGUUUAUAAAAAAUUAUUAAUUUUUUUUAGAAUAAUUUAUAAAU